GCCCUAUAGGACAAAGAACCCUGGACUAUAUUUACAGGGUACUUUCAAAUAUUCCUCAGAAGAUCCGCGGCCGCAUGGCCUUCGCUCACCCAACAUCUCAGUUGAAUUAUCGGUAAAUGAAGCCGAGGCACAGGUGAUCAGUUUAAUUUGGGAGAAUCAAAAUCUCUCAGCUAUGAAUCAACCCCUGAUGGGAGUGGAUGCUCUGGUUCUUGAAUCAAAUAAGCGGAAAAUAGCGGUGGAUGUUCAGCAUAUGAAAGCAAAUUUAACACCACUGCAAAUAGAUAUCGCGUUUUUAGAGGACAUCUGCAGAUUCGGAAGGAGUUCCGACAAUCAAACAACAAUUGGAAGUAAUGAGGCUGGGUUGGACAAUGCCUCAUCUCUUCCCCUCCCCCUGGAUGCCAGUUCGCAAACUUCAUAUGAAAAGUCGAGGAAAAUUCAUUGCCCAAGAGUGUAUCGCUUCCUGGAAGGCGGGCCAAGUGAGAGAAAUUGCGAAGCAGAUGAAACGGAAAGCGUCUCCUCCGAAACUUCACAAUUAUUCGAUUUUGACGAUAUAUCAAGGGUCUCAAAAGCCCUGUUCUACAGGAUUCAUGCGGUCCUCCUCGAUAAUGAAACGAUAAACCGGCUAUCCUUGAUAAUGCCGGAUUUACUCAAAGCCUUGUCGCUGAAAUUGGGCUAUAAAGCACCGACUCCCCUCCACUAUGAAGUGAUGGUAUUUUUGCACAAGUAUCGAGAGGACAUUUUCAAAAUCUUCAAAGACACCUAUCAAAAUGAACAAUUUCAUGAUGCUCACGAAGAAAAGAAGGAUAAAAGCAACAAGAUACGCCGAGAAGAGCUAGUCGAAAACUGGCUGCAAAUUUUAGAAAACAUUGCCCCAAGACCUGAUACUGGGGCACCUUCGCAGCAAAUUUCUGAUUAUUGUGACACCAUUUUGAGGUCACCGGCAUACAGAUGGUUUCUUGAGCGUGUAGGAAAAGAGAUCGUUCUCCCAGUAUCAAAACCAGACUGUAUGGGAAGAAUCAGAACUAAGAUAAUAGAAGCCUUUCCAAAGCUCCGUUUGGUUAGUAGACACAAACCAUCAGAAGAAUAUAAGGCGACUUUUGAUAUAAACUGGGAUCCCCUGCAGUUCUUUCGGGAGCGGGAAUACAAGGAAACAAUAGAUGAGGUUUUGGAAGCAGCUAUUACCUUGACUGGUUCCCUAGAUCAUGCGCAGGCGCUGCCCUGUUCUUCCUACAUGCGACAGACGUGGCCACUUACAGGGCAGGAUAUUCUUGAUCUUGUCAAGAAGGUCACCGGUAACCAGGAUACAUACAGUACACAGCUAUGUGAUGGAACAAUAUUAGCUGCUACUACCCGGGGAAAUCGGUUUCAAAUCGAAGUCCAAGGAACAGCAUGGGCUAUUGCGGAAAUUGGCGAACAAUUUGCAUGGCUGGGUGCUAGUCUUCGUUCCUCCUAUAAUCCAAAAAGUCUCAUUAUCUGCACGCCUACUGUUUCGUGUUGUCACAAAGAGGCAACUUCAGAAGGCCCCAUUUCCUUUCAGUUCGAAUUCCAACUUGACGUGCAAAGGGAGAGCUUUCCUCCUUCCCCCGGGGGCUGCUGGCACGGCAUAUUUAGCAGCCCUGUGAUUGUUAGGGGAUACCCAAUCUUACGCCGGUCGGAAUCAAAUACCGGGCUUGAAGUUCCACUGAACAUUAUGGCAGCCCUAGGCAAAGCCCCCCGUGUCACAGUGUGGGAUGGAAAAGUUUUCCUCAAGGGUUUCCACUCGGUGAUGAUCCCAACAAAAGUGACCGCGGAUAUGGUAAUCUGGCAUCUUAUUUUCAAGCCGGAUGGUUCAUACAUGUCCUAUACAGAUUCCCAAAUAAAUAAUAUGGAAGGCCUUUAUCCAGAAAGGCUCAGUAUGCCUUUGCUAGAGAAAAGUCGGCAUGCGCUAGGAUGGUGCUCCGAUGCCACGAGUUACAUUGGUUCUUCAAAAGCGAAAUAUACUAUUGAGUGGUCAGGCCUUUUGGGGCCAUCGGCAGGCGGCGAUUUUGAGAAUGUAGUUAUCAUGCGCGGAAAGCUCUUACAAAGAGGCCCAGCGGCGGUAUACGGCAACCAGGAUAAAUCACCAUAUUUUGGCUCAGACGACUAUCUGGAUAAACUAAAGUGGAUUUCUCGGAAGUUCGUUGUACUCUAUGAUGUCCGUGACAGACGCAGCUGGCUUGUUGAUGGUGCUAGCGCUCUAUUACAUCUACUUCGGGCAUCGUUGAAUCACGAUGUAACCGAUGAUGACUUCCGCGACAGACUGCUGUUCAAAUGGGAUCAAUUGCAAGAAGUACAGGGUUCUUGUAAUUCCGCAAAAUCCGCUGCUCUUGCGUUCCUCAAGCAUGAUAUAAACAAAAACAUCCGAUUGUACUCUAAAACGGAUGGACAAGCCAGCAGAGCAAUUUCGAAGAAGGAGCAAGAAUUCGUCCGUUUAAAGGACAGAGUGGAAGAUUUGUUUCACCUCAUGGAACAGGUAAUUGCCCAUCAAGAGAGUAUAUCUGCUGAGAAGGAAAUGGGACUUAGGGUAAAGACUAUCGACACUCUAGAAGGCUUUGACUUUAUGGAUAUGGCUACAAACGAAGAUCUAUUCUCUCCACACCGAGUUGACAUUCAGCUAGAAUGCAGAGCCUUAAUAGACUUUACCUGCUCCAUCCACGCGAUAACAUUAUUUGGUGAUGGGUUUGGAGAGAUUAUCCAACCAACCUAUCCGCAGAAUGUCUGCCAGGCCUGGGCUACUGUGCCAAAGGGACUCGACUUCCUUGCGGUUUGUGUGAGCGACAUUCAAGAGAUUCUCAAAAAGAAGGGAAGCUCAAAGACUAGACCCUGGCGAAUUGUGAAUAAGCUUAUUUGGCAUACCCCAGAAAAAACAUUUGAAGCGUGUCAAUGCCAGGGCUCCCUUGCAUCUAGUAUCUGUGAGAGAGUUCAAGUCUUACUCCCAGAGAGUUGCCUCGAGGACCAAGAUAACGCUUUCAGAAGUCCUAAUGAGCUCUUGGAACACGGUGCAGUUAUAUUUGGUCAGCGCUCCAAGUCUAUGCUUCCUCGGAUAAAUUUUACAAAUACAGUCUUGAGGCAGAGCUCAUCUGAGACUACUCACAGUCCUUCCAUUGAUAGUGGGAUCGGCCAAAGCCAAAGUUCACCAUCGAGUACCAUCACCGACCACCAGCAAAUCUCAACAAAAAGGCUUCGAAACCAUGAUGAAGACUUGCAAGAUAGAAAGCGCCCUUGCCUUCAUCCAAAUACCCCUGGUCACAUCGCAGGCCUGGUAAACGUUCGAAGCAAUCCUCAGCCAAACCCCAAAACCAAUACCUUACCGGAGGAGAACCACUGGCGUCGAACAAUUAUAUUAAACUCACUAUCUAUGGUGAUGCCAUAUUCUAAACCUUCAGGGCGAGAAUACAGUGUAGGAUGGUUGUGCGCAAUCAAGACUGAAUUUGAUCUUGCUCUUAAAAUGCUGGACACCACCUACGAUAGAGGAUAUGGGCAUGGUUCAGAUCACAAUCUGUAUACACUAGGUCGGAUUGGCAUCCAUAAUGUGGUAGUUACUUGUCUUCCGAUGGGGAGAUACGGAAAUAACGCAGCUGCCGUUGCUGCCACAAGGAUGAUGAGUAAAUUUCCGAAUAUCAAAAUUGGCUUGAUGGUAGGUAUCGGAGGAGGCAUACCAAAUGCGCAAAACGAUAUCCGACUGGGUGAUAUCGUCGUCAGCAAACCGGAAAAAUAUCACGGAGGUGUCAUACAAUAUGACAUGGGAAAGUUUACUGCAAAAGGGUUCGAACCCGUUGGGUAUCUCAACCCUCCUCCUGAAAUACUUUUGAACGCUCUGAAUGUUAUGCCAUCGCACGGGAUGCCACUUGAACACCACCAGCCCAGCGAAGUGCCGGUACCGUACCCUGGAGAGGAGCUUGAUCGUUUUUACAACUCAGGCUACAGCCACGAAUCUAUCGAUGGUAGUGAUGCUUGUCAAAAUUGCCGGGACGAUGAGCUGAUACUGCGCAGUCCUGGAAAUCGAGAAAGAACUGGCCCACAUGUUUUUUACGGCACUAUCGCAUCUGGAAACUCUGUGAUUAAGGAUGCCUCCGUGCGAGACAAACUUCUUCAAAAGAACAAUUUUCUCUGCUUCGAGAUGGAAUCGGCUGGGCUUAUGAACAGCAGCUUCCCAUGUGUCGUGAUUAGAGGGAUAUCAGACUACGCCGAUUCCCACAAGAACAACCAAUGGCAGGCAUAUGCUGCAGCUACCGCAGCAAUAUAUGCCAGAAACUUUCUCCUCGAAGCUCUAGCAAGUCUCUAUCCAGAAUAUUAGGAAAUAAUUGUCUUCGGGUACGCCGAAAGCUCCUGAUUGAAAAACACCUAUUAGGAAGACUACAUGACUCUCUUUUCCAAUACCACUAUCGUGACGGGAAUGUGUUUAUAUCUAACAGGCUUCACUUUAUAGAGUCAAGAACUCUCGUUCUCUGACAAAUUCCGCGUCCGCCUUCUGUGAUGUUAGAUCUACCAAGC